AUGUAUUUAUCAGUAUAAAAUAGGCUCUGUAAAAGAAGAUUGGUUACAGUUUUGCUUAGCAGAAUACCUAGUAAAAAUCUGAAAUACACAGUCAGCCUAACAAAUAGCACUAACAGCGACAUCAAUUUUUUCUUCUAUCUGUUCAAUUUUAAAAAGAGGACAGCUUAAUCAAUUAAUCUAAUUCUUAAAAAUAUAGCUGUUUAGAACAAUUUUUUAAAAUUCUAAUAAUUCUUAUCAAAAAACAAGAGAAGUCUGUUUGCUUGUCUGCAAAUGAAAAUACUUGAAAAAAAUAAUCCCUUCAUUGCUUUAUAUUGUAAGAAAAUGAAGAGAAUUUCUUAAAAGGGGAUUGGUUCUAUUUUUGUAAGCUUCAAUAAAAAAUAAUAAAAGAUAUAAUGA